CGCGCGCGGUCCCUGCGCCCGCUCCGCCCGCGCCUCGCUGCCUGCGCCGCGUCUCGGGUGUCCAGCGCGCGCCCCUAGCUCCGCAGCCAGCGCCGCCCUCGGCAGCCCCGCCGCGCCUUCGUCUUCUUCCUCCUGUCCGCCGCCGGACACGCAGCCGCAGGCCGGGGCCGGGACGCAGCUGGGGAGUCAGGGACGCGCGCAGCCAGCCCUUCCCCCUCCGGCUCCCGCACCGCCGGCCGCCUCCCCUCGCCCUCCUCCUCUCCCCUCCCUGCUCCUUCGCUUCCUCCUCCUCCUCCUCCUCUCCCGGCUCCGACUGCCAGCAACAUGUCUGCAGGGGGAGAUUUUGGGAACCCACUGAGAAAAUUCAAGUUGGUGUUCCUGGGGGAGCAGAGCGUUGGAAAGACGUCUCUGAUCACAAGGUUCAUGUACGACAGCUUCGACAACACAUACCAGGCAACCAUUGGGAUUGACUUCUUGUCAAAAACCAUGUACUUGGAGGACCGUACGGUUCGACUGCAGCUUUGGGACACAGCUGGCCAGGAAAGGUUCCGUAGCCUGAUCCCCAGCUAUAUUCGGGACUCCACAGUGGCUGUGGUGGUGUACGACAUCACAAAUCUUAAUUCCUUCCAGCAGACCUCUAAGUGGAUUGAUGACGUCAGGACAGAGAGGGGCAGUGACGUCAUCAUCAUGCUGGUGGGCAACAAGACGGACCUGGCGGACAAGAGGCAGAUAACUAUCGAGGAAGGGGAGCAGCGUGCCAAAGAACUGAGUGUUAUGUUCAUUGAGACCAGCGCGAAGACUGGCUACAAUGUGAAGCAGCUCUUCAGACGUGUGGCAUCGGCUCUGCCCGGCAUGGAGAAUGUCCAGGAGAAAAGCAAAGAAGGGAUGAUCGACAUCAAGUUGGACAAACCCCAGGAGCCUCCGGCCAGUGAGGGUGGCUGCUCCUGCUAAUGCAGAGCCUGACCCAUGGCUUCCUACACACUACUCGCUUGUUGUGUUGCUUCCUAUUGGUUAGCUUCCUAACGGGGGUGGGAAACAAGUUUACCAAGAUGGGAGGAUUUUUCUUUUCUCUCUGUCUCUAGGAGUAGGGUGGGAUAGGGAGGGAGGCUGGGCAUCAGGGAUCACAUCACUCUUAACAGCUGUUACUUAAACAACUAUUUUUGGUUUGGUUGUAAUAUAUUGUACUUUAUUAAGAUUGCCAAAAACUGUUAAAAUUUAAAAAAAAAUUUAAAUCAUGUGUAUACAACUUUUUGCCAGAUAAAAAUGUAGUCAUUUUUAUUUGAAAGAUGUGCUUUUUGUUUUUGUAUAUUUGUAAACUUACAGAGAACCUUUUCCACAUAACCCCUCCUUCCUGUUCUCUUUGAACUGUUCAUCACCUCUUCGUUCCUCCCAUCCCAGCCCAGUAAAUUAAAGCAAUUAACUGAGCAACAUAAUUAGGCUCCUGGCUGGGGCAUCUGGCCCAGACCAACCAGGCCCCACCAUCCAGGCCCAUGAAUGAUGAAAUCAAACAUUGGUUGAACAAAACAGCCUCCAGAGAGGCAGUACUGCUCAGGCCUUCCAUGGGCUGUGCAGGACAUUAACAUUAGCAGGGCCCUGAGCUGAAACAAACACCUCGCGGACUGUAGGAAGCCCACAGCAGGCCCUGGAAGAUUGCUUCUGCAUCUCCCUUUCCUCCCCUAAAAAGCCAUGAAGGGGCUGGGAGGCAGAGGCAGCUUGUGUUCUCUGUGCCUGCCCAGUGACCAGCAGAGCAAGAGGUCAGAGGAAGGACGGGUGCCGUUGGCAACUGCAGGCUGUGGUAAUAUGUGGCUUAUAGACUGCGCUGCCCCAUGUAAUUCCAAGAUCUUCUAACCAACCUGUCCAAUGGUCAGCAGACACAGCUGGGUUGACUCAGAAAUUCAAUGUGUGAUGCUGAGCGGCAUGUCACCCUGAAGCCCUCUCCUGGCAUGUCAGGGAUGCUGAAGCCUGUACUACAUGCUAUUGGUCCCUCUGUGGCUGGGGAGGGGAGGAUUGUCUGCAGAACCGCCACCUCGAAAGACACAUAUUCUCAGAUCCUCAGUUGCUAAUACUGCUGAGUAGUGUUCUGGAAAAGAGCACAUCUGAUUUCUCGGUAUGUUUUCAGCCAUUGACAUGGUACAGUUGAAAUCUUUGUGCGUGUACCUUUGUGGAUAUUGUGGUUACACUGUGGGCACCUGGAAGUAGGUCUAAGGUGGGGUUUCCAGAAGGCUGCACAGGGUCCUGGGCUCUGCCCAGGCCACAGAAAGCCACACUUGCCCCAUUGACUCCUUCCUGAGAAUGGCUUAUCCUCAGAACCUGUCAAAUCCCUGAAGAGAACCUUCCCUUCUGUGUAUUAUAACUCAGCCAACAUUCCAAAUUGACCCAGACUCUACACCCCUAAGCCUGUACAAAGUCUGGCAGGAGGCUGUGACUGACCAAAACAUAACCCCUUCCCACCCAGCUGGCCUUGGCUCUUCCUUCAGGCUGCCAAGGGUAUGUUAUAGAUGAGCUACAGUACCUUCUGAGGUGUGGCAAUCUAACAAGAUUGUUAGAAUGGACUUUGGAACUUCUCAGAAAAUAAUCUAAAAUGGCAGCCAGUAAUUUAAAAUGGCAGAGCUAAUGUUUGUGCAGUAGGCUUGCCACAUGCCUUCAGCCUGGGAGAUUGUGUCAGAGCUGAUCUCUGAAGAGGAAUUUAUCUUCAGGUGAAGAGGAGAGGAAGCAGGAUUCAGCAGGCACCUCCUCUGGAAGGCAAAGACCAAUGUACAAGCAUAAUUUAAAUGUUGUGUUUAGUUUUUAUAUGUGUGUACAUAAUUAUAUAUAGACUUGUGUAUACACCUUCCACAAACACAUCUUCACACAGAGAUAGAUGUGCUCAAUGUAUAGUCUUGUCUUUCCUGCUCUCAAAUUGGAUCUUGCUUUGUGAAAAAGUUUCGGAAAUUCAAAAGUACUGCAACGUGUUGAAAUAAGAAAUACUCAGUAUUGUCAAAGAAUUUGUGAUUGUCUUGCCAUCAAUAAAGUAAUGCAUAGGUGUGUUAAACUACAGGCAAAAUUAGCCCACAGAAGUAUCUCCACCACCUCUCUAUGUACUUAUAUUCACGGGUGUGCAUGCCUGUGUGGGCCAGUGUCCCCCCACCUCGAGCACACCCCCAAGUGGUGCUUGUUGGAAGAGUGCUUACUUACCUCGUGAGAAUUUAUGGGAGUCCACAUUACAUUGUCUGGCCUGGUUGGCCAUAAGGGCCAUCACUUACAGCCUCCGGGACAGCCCCAUGGACAGCAAUCUGCACUGUGUCUUAGAGAAUGAAUGUAUGGUAGAUUUAAAUUUUCUUAGACUGGAGAGUAGCUCUUCUUAAAACGUCCUAUAAAUCAAAGUAGAAACUCAGUUCCCUUCUCUUCUGUACAGUCCAUGGCACCAUAGUCUGUUUUUCCACUGUGACCUAGAGAGGAUCAGUAUGAGGUGCUAGAUGUCAUAUGGCUUGAUGUGGCCUUAGUGAGUCCUGCUUUUCCCAGCCUUGAUACAACAUCCUCUCCCAAGAACAGGCUCUCCCAAGCCCUGUAGCAGCAGUGGGUGAGAGUACUGCCUGCUCUUGUCCUCCUACCCCACAGUGCCCUGCCAUUCCCUGGCCCUCCUCUCCUUGGUCUGAUUGCCACCCCUCCCUUCCUAGGGUCUCUUAAGGGAGCCGGACAGACCUCCUUCACAGAAGUGUGUUGGCUCCUUGAUUCCCAUCCUGAAUAGGCACCAUCACUGCCCACUUGCUUGCGGGUAGGGCCUUGAUUUAGAGUUAAGGUUUAAUAAUAAAAUGGUCAGCUCCUCUUGGAGAUGUCAUGAAGUUGCCUCCACAUCCCCAACAAGAGUCAUGCCUCCUUCCUGAGACCACAUGAGUUAAUAGGCAACAGAGUGGAGGAUUUCUUUCAGGACAUGAUCUCGAUUUAGUCGUUCAGUCCCUCUCCCCAAAGACUAGACCUGACCUGGCAGAUAAGCAGGAUCCUCUUCGGGACCUCUUUUCUUUUAGGGGUCUCAAAGAAAAGCGGUCAGAAAAGCUCCUAUUCCACAUUAGAACAGGUGGAGGUUGGAAAGGCAGAUAGCAUAUUUACAAAGGCACAUGUGUGCCGAAAUGAAGGUGGACAUCAGCAUCCAGCAUGCUAGAGCUGCAGCUCUGUGGUCCAAGAUUAGCCUGCCUGCUAGCUAUAGUUUUCCCUUGGUCACAGCCCUUGCUUCUGUCAUUGUUGCCAUCCUCUUCCUGUCACCAUCCUUAAACAUUCUUCAGUGUUCCCGAGGGAAGCAGUGGGCAGAUGAGUUCAAGUGUGUUGGGCAGCAGAGAUGAGGACUAAAGGUGGAAGCAUCUGGGGUGCAGUCACUGCCACCCAGUGGCUAGCCAGCACCACGAGUCCUUCAGUACUAGUUGUGACAAUAAAGGAUGGCACUGCUCGCUUUGGUGUCUUGCAGAUAGAGCAGCCUCAUUCCUUCACAAGAUGGAAAGCAAGUGAGGGUGUCAGGAGAGGAGACAAGGAGGCCAAACCUGUGGAGCAAGUCAGAGCAGCAUGAGGGGCGGCCGGACAGGACUAUGUGCAGCAGCCACGUAGGGUUGUGUGCUCAUUAGUUUCCAAACUACCUCUCCCUAUAGAACGUGAGGGAUUGUCAGCUUGCCAUAGUGUGAGAUAGAGGUCCCAUAACCCUUCCUGUCUCACAGGUGAGAGAACCAAGACCCAGCAAGUCAGGAGUGAUCAGAAGCAGGGUGGUGGCAUUCUUUGUCCUUUGCUGACCAGUGUACAGAUGGAACUGCAUACUGAUGUGGAAAGGACUGCUGUGGAAAGGACUGCUGUUGGUUUGUGAGUCGCUCUCUGCUCUGUGGUUAGGAUAGACGCUUCUUCCAAGCAUGUGAGUAAGCUAGGAGAGAAUACAGGUCUACUUUGGGCUCCUCCACUAUGAAGAAGAGCCAGUCCCCAAGUCUACUUAGGUUAUCUUAGGCACCCACACAGAUCAGGCUACCCUUUGAAUUUGUUUGAAAUUAGCUAUCGUAAUGUGCAAUGUGCAAACUUUCUGGGCUUAAGACCCAUCUGGUUGACAUUCCCAGCAGGGUAUGGGGUAUCAGGAACACCUUGCAGCAGGGGUUCGGAUGUCCCUUCAAGUAGGAGGCCUCCUUAGCACUGAAGGCCAACCCACAUCUCAUGGUGUGUGUCGACUUCUCCCCUCACUUUCCCCUCACCCAUACCUUUAAAGUGAUUGGCCAUGAGGAGCACAGAGGGUGGCAUUUCUGUCUCUUAUGGGCUCAGAAGGCAUAGCGGCCAUAUUGACUUUACAUUAAACUGUGUAAAAUGUGGAAAAGACUCAGCAUGUUGGUCAAACAAUAAACUGUCCUAAUUCUCGACACAAA